AUGGGGAAGAAGAAGAAGAGAGCGCCUUCCAAGGUUUGGUGCUACUACUGCGAUCGCGAAUUCGACGACGAGAAGAUACUAGUCCAGCAUCAAAAGGCCAAGCACUUCAAGUGCCACGUCUGCCACAAGAAGCUCUCCACCGCCGGCGGAAUGACCAUUCACGUCCUUCAGGUCCACAAGGAGUCCGUCACCAAAGUUCCCAAUGCUAAACCUGGAAGAGAAGCAACAGAUAUUGAAAUAUAUGGAAUGCAAGGUAUUCCACCUGAUGUAUUGGCUGCUCACUAUGGAGAAGAUGAGGAUGAAGCUCCAUCAAAGGCUGCAAAGGUGGAGAUUCCUUCUACACCUUAUGUAGUUCCAGGUUCAUUGCCUCUUGGAUAUCGUCCACGACCUUUAGGCCCGGGCCCCCCAGUCUACAGUUCUGGUGCGCCUGGAGGUUGGCCAGUUCCUCCACGUCCCCAGACUUGGUAUCCACAGAAUCCUAUGGUUUCAGUUCAUCCUCCAGCUCCUGCAGGAUAUGGUCAGCAGCCAUUGUUUCCUGUGCAAAAUGUGAGGGCUCCUUUAGGCCCAUCGCCACCCGCAACCGUACUUCCUGCUCAGGUGGCUCCUCCUGGACUGCCUUCAUCCACACCUCCAGUUCCUGUGUCGCAGCCUCUUUUUCCUGUAGUUAACAGCAAUUUACCACAAAGUCAACCAUUUUCGGGUCCUUUGCCGCCCCCUAGUAUACCACCUGGAACCUCUGCAGAACUGAGAGGACAAGCAGAUAUACACUCUGGAAUUAACAAUUAUACCAUGCCAGCUGGAUACCAGGUUUCUAAUUUGCCAGGUUCAGCAUUUCCUAGUUCACAUUCCUAUGCUUCUGGUCCAAAUACUGCGGGUCCAUCUAUUGGACCGCCUCCAGUAAUUGCUAACAAAGCUCCUGCUAACCAGCCGAGUGAAGUGUAUUUAGUUUGGGAUGAUGAAGCAAUGUCCAUGGAGGAAAGAAGAAUGUCCUUACCAAAGUAUCAGGUGCAUGAUGAAACUAGCCAGAUGAGUUCCAUUGAUGCAGCUAUUGACCGAAGGAUUCUGGAGAGCAGGCUGGCUGGCAAAAUGGCAUUCUAG